GCCUCGCCCUUUGCCACGCCCGCCGCCCUGCUCUGUGCCCGCCUCUCGUUUUUUUUCUGCGGCCCCCGCCUGCUGCACCUGCGUCAUCUCUGAAGCACAGCAAUAACAACAUGGCCGAAGUCAUUAGGGAUGAGGAAGUGCGCCGCCGCGUGCGACUUGCGCAGGAGUUUCUUGAUCCGGACGACGUCUCGAGGCGAAGCUACCGACCAGAUAUUCUGGUGAUGCUCAACAGAGGACAACGAAGACUUACCGUCAGCAUCGACGAAAUCCGCUCCCACAACCGGGAACUCGCCGACGGCCUCCUGAACCAGCCCUUUGAGUUUGCAGAGGCCUUCGACCGCGCCCUCAAGGACGUCGUCCGCACCUUCACAGACCGACCAAAGUCAGAGACGGCCGAGGAUGUCGUGUAUUAUUGCGCAUACAUUGGCAGCUUCGGCGAGUUCUCGUGCAACCCCCGUACGCUCAGCUCCAACCAGCUCAACCACAUGGUUUCGCUCGAGGGCAUCGUGACCAAGACGUCGCUCGUCCGCCCAAAGGUGGUCAAAAGCGUGCAUUACAACGAGGCCAAGCAAAAAUUCCACGCGAGAGAGUACAGAGACCAGACCAUGACAACGGGCGCCGCAAGCUCGAGCGUAUACCCGACCGAGGAUGACGAGGGCAAUCCCCUCGUCACCGAGUACGGAUACUGCAUCUACCGCGACCACCAGACCAUAUCCAUACAAGAGAUGCCUGAGCGCGCUCCGGCGGGGCAGUUGCCGCGCUCCGUCGAUGUCAUUCUGGACGACGACCUGGUAGACCGCGUCAAGCCCGGUGACCGCAUCCAGCUUGUUGGCACCUAUCGCUCGCUUGGUAACCGCAACGCUGGAGCAGGUAGCUCGACUUUCCGCACACUGAUCCUCGCAAACAACAUCAUCCUGUUGUCUUCCAAGUCGGGUGGAGGCAUUGCCCAGGUCAACAUUACUGAUACGGAUAUCCGCAACAUCAACAAAAUUGCAAAGAACAAGCGUGUAUUCGAGCUUCUAUCACAAUCGCUCGCGCCGUCUAUAUAUGGACACGACUACAUCAAAAAGGCAAUCCUACUGCUACUUCUUGGAGGGCAAGAAAAGAACCUGGACAACGGGACCCAUUUGAGAGGAGACAUCAACAUUCUCAUGGUGGGUGACCCUUCCACAGCCAAGUCGCAGCUGCUUCGGUUCGUCUUGAACACGGCUCCUCUCGCUAUUGCUACCACUGGUCGUGGAUCGUCCGGUGUUGGUCUCACGGCGGCCGUCACCUCCGACAAAGAAACGGGCGAGCGACGCCUAGAGGCUGGUGCCAUGGUCCUCGCCGAUCGUGGUGUCGUCUGUAUCGAUGAAUUCGACAAGAUGUCCGACGUCGAUCGAGUCGCGAUUCACGAAGUCAUGGAACAGCAGACUGUUACCAUUGCCAAAGCCGGUAUCCACACGUCGCUCAACGCCCGCUGCAGUGUGGUUGCUGCUGCCAACCCCAUUUUCGGACAGUACGAUAUCCACAAGGACCCGCAUCGCAACAUUGCUCUACCAGACUCUCUCCUUUCGCGUUUUGAUUUGCUCUUCGUCGUUACGGACGACAUCGAGGAUGCGCGAGACAGACAGGUCUCUGAACACGUUCUCCGCAUGCACAGGUACCGUCAGCCUGGCACGGAGGAGGGUGCGCCUGUUCGCGAAGAGGGUUCCCAGCUUCUGGGUGUUGGUCUCGAGACGGAUACUGAUGCCAACCGCCCAACAGAUGUGUACGAAAAGUUCAACCCCAUGCUUCACUCUGGCGUCACCAUCACCAUGGGGCGGGGCUCUUCACGAAGAACCGAGGUCCUCAGUAUUCCGUUUAUCAAGAAGUACAUCCAGUACGCGAAGCGCGAGAAGCCAAUCCUCACCAAAGGUGCUGCAGAACACAUUGUGAGCGUCUACUCUGCGCUGCGCAAUGACGAGCUUGAUGCAGGCACCCGUCGCACUUCUCCCAUCACUGCACGUACUCUGGAGACGCUUAUCCGUCUUUCGACUGCGCACGCAAAAGCGCGUCUAUCGAAGCGGGUUGAGCGCAAGGAUGCCGAUGUCGCAGAGCAGAUUCUACGCUUUGCUCUGUUCAAAGAAGUCGUUGAGGAUGAUCGUCGCAAGCGAAGACGCACAGCGCGCGACCCAGACGCCAUGUCUACGGACGAAGAAUCAUCGGGUGGUGAGGACGAAGACGGCGAUGAAGCAGAAGCCACACAGUCUCGACGGACGGGUGGGCCGUCGACUAGAAGCCAACGGACAGGCACAACACGCACCCCUGCGGCUGAAGCUGGUGAGGACGACGAAGAGGCAAACGAUGAUCUCUACAACGUUACGCCAAGGGCGCAACGUACAACAACGCGCACACAGUCGUCCCGCGGGGGCGCUUCAUCUCAAGUCAGCGCCGCGUCUUCACAGCCCGAGUCGCAACUUCCGGCCACACAGAGCGAGUCUCAAGAGUCACAGGAUAUCACGGCUGCACGUCUACAAGUGUUCCAGACGGCGCUUGGCCAGCUGAUUGAUGGACCGUUGUUUGCCAACGACGCAGCAGACGUGGAGCCUCUUGUGGCGGCUGUAAACGCGAGGCUGGGUGGUGGUAGUGGAAGGGAGCCGUUUGGACGAGGCGAGGCGGAGAAGGCGCUUGAGGCGCUCAGUGAGCGCAACAAGGUCAUGUACUCUGGUGGCAUUGUGUACAAGAUUUAACUGAUUGCAUGUUG